UCGGAACGGGCGGGUCCUCACGAUCGGGAUUGCCGAAGCGAGGGUAGGGAGCAUGCGCCCUUUCUUUUCCAGGAGGCCGCGCGGCAGGCAGCACCAUGAAGGCGUCGGGCACUCUUAGGGAAUACAAAGUUGUUGGGAGGUGUCUUCCUACUCCGAAGUCCCCAAUGCCACCCCUCUAUCGUAUGCGCAUCUUUGCUCCUAAUAAUGUUGUUGCAAAGUCCCGCUUCUGGUACUUUGUUUCUCAGUUGAAGAAAAUAAAGAAAUCUUCUGGGGAAAUUGUGUACUGUGGACAGGUUUAUGAGAAGUCUCCCCUGAAAGUGAAAAACUUUGGUAUCUGGCUGCGGUAUGAUUCUCGUAGUGGAACUCACAACAUGUACAGGGAAUACAGGGAUUUGACAACUGCUGGAGCUGUUACACAGUGUUAUCGCGAUAUGGGGGCCCGUCAUAGGGCCCGUGCUCAUUCAAUUCAAAUUAUGAAGGUUGAGGAGAUCGCUGCUAGCAAAUGCCGCAGACCAGCUGUCAAGCAAUUCCAUGAUUCUAAAAUUAAGUUCCCUCUGCCGCACAGAGUUCUGCGUCGCCAGCAUAAGCCACGUUUCACCACCAAGAGACCAAACACCUUCUUCUAAACACAGACUUAGUUCUUGUGCUAUAAAUUUCAAUAAAGUUCUUUUUGAACAGUUA